AUGUGUUUCCGUAAAUCUUUGAACCCCAACAGAAAAUCCAAACGAGAACUCGACAGACAAUUACUCUACGCCGAUCUACACGGUUAUGUCACUACCACCAAAACAUCAAGAAAGAAGGCAGAGCGUGAGAGAAAAAGAGCGGAGCGUGAGAGAAACUCGGGCAAUAGCCGGCCACAUCGUCCAACAACACAACCACACACGGCGCAAAUAUCGAGGAAUAGCUCGACUGCCAGCACCAAGCCUUUAGCCCGAACAUCUGUUCCAUAUCUAUCAGGGGACUCUGCCAUUUACACUGCACGACCAGACCAGAGUCUCGUGGUCAACCACAAUAUGGUGAGACCUGGAUCUUUUACUGUAACACGCGAAAGUAGCGCAUCACAAUUCAACAGCCAGGACCCAAACUCAACCUUUACUACCGAAGCUACCGACAUAGGGAUAUAUAGUGUUGAUGAGCGAGACCUGAUGAUAGAACCAACGCCAGCUGCUUACCACACAGCUCCCAAUACUCUAUCGCAAUUCGAGGACCUAGAUUUCAGCUCCUCACAUGACCUUUGGAAUACCUUUGAACCGCAGGAUAUGAGUCCAGAUGAACUAUACCGACACAUGGAAGAGACAGCCCGCGAGAUCCAAAGAAGGGCGCCACCACCCCCCCUGGACCCAAGCUCUGAUCAGGAAGGCUACUUUGCCAGGGUGACAUUUGCCAAUGGAUAUACAUCCCGAGAUAUUGUUACUUAUAACCAUGACCUCAAGUACAAUUUUGUUUCCCAGGGCUAUCUUGAAAGACUCCGAGCAGCUACGGGAAGCCCACCCUGCUUUCUUCCAGGUCCCCCUUCCUAUGAAGAAGUACUUACUCCUGACGGAAUAAUGGCUCCCAUUCAGCAUCUUGUUUUUGCCGACCUUCAAUGGGAAUCUCCUGAUCUUCCAUUCCCAUCCGGUCCACUGUGGUUUGUUCACUACCGUGGAAAUGGGGGCACGGAUGACACGAAGUUGAUUCUGGGUCGAAGUUGGUAUGAUAGUACCAAGAAGCAAGCACCCAACCGGUCCUAA